CGGCUCUGGGGCCGGGAGGGGAAGGAGGCGGUGGGGCGGGCCGGGCUGGGGGCGCGGAGGCGGGCCCGGCGCUCGGGUUUCGGCCCCACCGCGGCGGCCGGGGUCCCCGCGGCCCCAGCAGCGCAGGCUCUGAGAAGACGGCGGGGGCGCGGCGGGCCAGGCCAGCCCCUUCCCGCGGCCCGCGGCGCGGCCUCUGCCCCGGAGGCGGGAGGAAGGCGGCGCGGCCGCGGCCUCGACGUCGGCGACCGCGCCGCCCGCAAUGGGAAGCGCCUUAUAAAGCCGCGGCGCGGCCGCCCCGCCGAGUCGGCGCCACGCUCUCCCGGGGGUGCCGCGCGGACCCCGCACAGACCGCGCGCAGACCCCGGCUCCGGACGGACUCCGGCCUCAGAGAGCCCGGCCCGGCCCGGGCGUCCGCCGCCGGCCGAUAGGCGGGGGCCAGGGCGCCCCCGGCGGCGGGGGCAUGCGCGGCCCGCGGCAUGGCCUCGGCGGUGUUUGAGGGCACCUCGCUCGUGAACAUGUUCGUGCGCGGCUGCUGGGUGAACGGCAUCCGCAGGCUCAUCGUCAGCCGGCGCGGCGACGAGGAGGAGUUCUUCGAGAUCCGCACCGAGUGGUCGGACCGCAGCGUGCUCUACCUGCACCGCAGCCUCGCCGACCUGGGCCGCCUGUGGCAGCGCCUCCGCGACGCCUUCCCCGAGGACCGGCCCGAGCUGGCGCGCGCGCCGCUGCGGCAAGGUUCGGGGCCGGGGGCCGGGGCCCGGGGAGGGCGGGACCCCAGACCCGUCCGCGAGGCCGUCUGCGAGGGCGCGGAGGGCAGGGGGAAGGCAGGGGGAAGUCCCCUGGUCCGAGGGCGCGGCCGCCCCUGGGGACGGGACGGGGACACUGAGCCCCUCCGCGCCCAGACGGAGGGCAGCGAGCGGGGCGGGGGCUGGGGGAGAAGCGGGGUGGCUCCUGAUGCCCCGGAGGCCCCAUCGGCAGAGGGCGGAAGACGGGUGCCCCGACCCGCUGGAAAAGCGGAGGAGGCCAGAGAGGCCCCGAGCGUCCCCAGGGACGAGUCGCUGAGCAGCCCCAGAGCGGCGGCCCCCAGGCCUCCCGGUCCAGGCCCCGAUCUGGCGUGGCCACCGCUUCCUUCCCCAUCCUCGCGAGGGACAGCUGCGACCCUCACCCCCCAGCCCGCCGGGCCGGGAAACGUUUGAGAGGGUUAGCGACAGUGUCCAGCUGGGGUCACAGUGGCGCCACCCCUGCCCCCGCUCCAUUCUCCCGGGAGGGGAUCGCCUCUCGUUGGCCGCGGUGACCGGCUGCCCGAGUGUGAGGUGCCACGCAGCGGCCGUCACUCCUCAGGAGGGGCCACCCCACCACCGGCUGCGAGGCAAAGCCCGGGUG